AUGUUGAUGCCCAAGGCUGACCGCAAGAAGAUCCACGAGCAGUACCUCUUCCGAGAGGGUGUCCUCGUCGCCGCGAAGGACUUCAACCUCCCCAAGCACCCCGAUAUCGACACCAAGAACCUGUUCGUGAUCAAGGCCUGCCAGUCGCUCAACUCCCGCGGCUAUGUCAAGACUCGGUUCAGCUGGCAAUACUACUACUACACCCUGACCCCCGAGGGUCUCGACUAUCUCCGGGAAUGGCUUCACCUGCCUGCUGAGAUCGUCCCUGCUACCCACAUCAAACAGCAGCGGUCGCACGCGCCUCCCCGU